AUCUCGUAGCCAUAGCAAACCCGCCGAAUUAACGAUGUCAAACGCUAAACGCUUUAUGUAUUUUGCUUAUGGAAGUAAUUUAUUGAAAGAGAGACUACAGUUGGAAAAUCCAUCAGCAGUUUUUCGUUGCGUAGGUAGACUCAAGGGUUAUGUCCUUAACUUUGGUCUUUGGGGAGAUGAUGUGGUCAGCAAGUGGCAUGGUGGAGUGGCCACGAUUGAGAAAAGUCCAGAUGAGUACGUCUGGGGAGUGGUGUGGGAGAUGGCAGUCGAGGACCUUACAAGUUUAGAUAGACAGGAACAGGUGGACGAGGGUGCCUACAGCUCAUUAGAACUGAGAGUGGAGACAGAAGCUGGACCACUUCUUUGUAGAACUUAUCAGAUGAACAAAUUUAGACCUUGUCCUCCUUCCCCACAGUACAAAAAGGUUGUAUGUCUAGGAGCCAGAGAGACUGGAUUACCUCAAGAAUACUUAAAGAAGCUACAGGCAGUGGAGACUAACGGCUACACUGGCUCCUCCAUAUUAGAUGAUAUUAAAAAUCUUAGGAAAUGAUUGUGUGAAAAAAUUGCACAUUAUCAAAAUAAAACCUUCCCAAAAAGC